GUUCUACCAGUUUCAUCAAAAUCAAAUUAUUACGUUAAAGGGGUCUGGAAUCACUACACUUAAUUUUGCGUCUAAAAGUCGUCUUUCUAUUCCAGUUUCACAAGUCUCACUAUUUUAUACUUUAUUUAAAUUGAAUCUUUGAAAAGUUGGUUGCUUUCUGUAUUGUAUGGAUGUGCUUCGAGAUUUUGACGAAAUUCGUGGCUUUUACAAAGGUUUUGUCGGAAGACAAUUGUUAAUGAGAGAGGGUAAACUCAUCAGAAGGGAUAAAUUAUAUAACACCGUGAAGGAACAUUCGGUAUCUUCUCUAACGGAGGCUGUUUUUGGUAGCAAAGAACCUAUAAAAGGAAAUCAAAAUAACGGACACAGAACCUAUAAACAUUACUUCACAAACCAUAGAGUUCAUUGUGUACAAAAUAAUGAAAAAUACAUUCCUUCUCUUCCAGGAGUUCCGGAUUACAAUGAUUCUUUUCCUAAGAAGAACGAAUUUGAGGAGUUGGAAAUCACAUCCAGUGUGAACUCGCAAGUUCCAUUAAAUGGAGAUUUUUCAAAUGGGAAUUAUCAGAGUGGAUUAAAAACAGAUCAGCUGCUUAGUUCGAAAGGAGAUCAGCUGAUGGAAGAAAAUGCGCCAAAAGAUCAGCUGAUAAUAGGCUCUCCUGGGGUUAGAUAUUUAGAGGAUGAGGAAGCAGAAUGGCAAGUUCUUGAUUAUUCAACAAAAAUUGAAAUUCCCCCAAGCAGUCUGUUCGUGUUCUUGUGUGAAUAUGAUUUGGGGAAAAUUUGCAGAAGAAACUACAGCAAUCAGAAUAAAUCAUCUCGACAAUCUCUUUAUCAACAGUUUGACUUGUGGAAGCAGAAAAAAAGAAAAAGAUACAAUAUUGUGGUUACGACACGGGCAAAAAAAGAUAUUGCAGAAAACGAGAAAAAUGCACAGAAAAAACUUAUGCAGAAAACUACAUUACGUCAUGCUGAAACACAUCGGAAAUCCAUGAAAGAAAGCCAAAAACGUUAAACAAGUAUAACUAUUGUAUGCAAAGGAAAUAAAUGUCGA